AUGGCGACGACGAUAUUCGACCUCCCUCUGGAGCUCCUCUACCAGAUCUACGAUAGUCUCCCCACAUCUACUUUAAAGACCUUGCUCUACUCGCAUCACUUCCAUUCAUCAGCACAAUCGCACAUUUUCUACCAUAGUCAGUUUACGCUCUCGCUAUCGGACGGCACCCAAUGUUGCAAGCCCGGCGGCAUUUCAAUCGCCAGCGUUGGCGACUUGACCCCGCGCUUCCAAUGGCACAUUCUCAAGUUCCGCAACUACAAAAUCAACCUCGCCAUCACGAAUUUCAAGUCUAUGCUUGCGCAAUUGGCAAUCCACAGAUCGGCGAUUCAAGAGUUGUGCAAUAAACCGACGAAAGUCAACGUCAAGUUGAUUAUCCAUCUCAGCUACUCGAUGAACAACUUUAAUGAUGUUAAGGAUUCGUUUUUGAAUAUAGACAAGAUCAGCAAGGAGUUCAACCACGGGGGGUUGAAUGAUGUUAGUGUGGAUUUGGAGUUGCUCAAGCAUGAAGUGUAUGAUUCUGAGAAUGAGAUGGAGAGUAGCUCCGGCGAAGAGUGA